AAAAAAAUACUAGCGAGGAUGUUUUAGUAAGAAAUGAGUAUAAGUUCAGCAGAUUCAAUUUUAAAGUACAUUAUUUGACUUAUUAAAAUUUUAGUUUGAUUGUUGCGAAGCCAAAGCGUGGUGUAUUCUUAUUAAAGAGUAUAUAUUAGAUUACUUACAAUAUUAUUUUAAAUUUUUUUUUAUGAAAAAGUUUUAAUAAAUUUUAUUUUGAAUAAUAAAUAAACCUAAUAACAAUAAAGUAGUGAAAAAUUAGAAAAUAAAUUUAAUAAAAUGGAAAUAAUACCUAUAACAACACCAAAUAUAAAAUUACCGGUAACAAUUACACCUGUGGUAAAUGAUGAAAUCGAAAAACCAAUUAAAAGACAACCAGAUUUAACAUUUCAUUGCAUGUGUUGUAAUGAAAUAUUUGAACAUCCUAAAACCCUAAUAGAUCAUAUGAAUAAAUUACAUUCUGAUUUAUCUGUAGAACAAGAACAACGGCCAACAACUAGUAAUAUAAAUCAAACAAAUGGAUUUAUUAAUGGAAAUAUAAUAUAUAAUGGAGUAGUAGGUGUUAAUAAACUUAGUAAUGGUUUAAUGAAAGUUAAUGAUGAUAAUGGGGAUGAGGAUGAUUUCGAAGAUGAUGAUGAAGAUGAUGAUGAGGAUGAUGAUAUUUAUAGUAGUGGUAUUAUUGAACCAAUAUGUGAAAUAACUGAUUUAUCUGAAGAAGAAAUACAAAAAUUUCAUAUUAAACAACAGCAAAAUAAUUUAAUUGAAUUCAAUCAAAAUAAUAUUCAAAUAAAUAGUGAUGCUGAAAUGGAUACGGACGGAAAUUCAGCUGAUAUUAAUCAAAUAUGGGGCCCAGAAACAUCAAUGGAUAACGAUGAAGAUGAUGAUGAUGAUGACGAUGAAGAAAAUGAAUUAGAAAUCGAUUUAGAUAAUGAAGAAAAUGAUAAAGAAAGUUAUUCAAGUAAUAGUAAUAAAGCUAGUUCACCAUCACAAUUUAUAAAUUUCCGUACAAGAAGAGGUAGAAGAAGUUUAGAAUAUCAAAAGCAAGCUGAAUUAAGAAAAGGUGAUCCAAGCAGUAAAAUUUUUCAAUGUUCACAAUGUGAAGAUUCAUUUCCAAAUGCUGGUGAUUUAGCAAAACACGUUAGAUGUCAUAUUACUAAUAAACCAUUUAUGUGUUCAAUAUGCGAGAAAUCGUUCACACAUAUUGGAUCCUUAAGUACUCAUAUUAGAAUUCAUUCUGGUGAAAAGCCUUAUAAAUGUGAGAUAUGCACAAAAAGUUUUACGCAAUCUUCCAGUUUAUUAGUACAUAUGAGAUCUCAUUCAGUUCGAAAACCUCACCAAUGUACUUUAUGCGAUAAAGGUUUUAUAAAUUCAAGUAGUUUAGUUUUGCAUAUAAAAGCUCAUGCCGAAGGUGAACCAUUUGCUUGCAGUGUUUGUGACAAAAGCUUUAAAAAUUCCAGUCUUUUAUCAGAACAUAUGUUACUUCAUCAAAAUGAUUCAGGAGUAUAUAAGUGCGCGAUUUGUCGUGAUAUAUUCAAAGGAAGCGCUGAAUUAGUGCAGCAUAUGAAAAUUCAUAUGGGCGAAAAACCUUUCCAAUGUUCCAUUUGUGAAAAAUCAUUCACCCAACCUGGUUCAUUAAACACUCACAUAAGAAUUCACUCUGGUGAAAAACCAUAUAAAUGUGAAAUUUGUAACAAAUCAUUUACACAAGCAUCUAGUCUAUCAGUUCAUAUGAAAAUUCAUACAAAUGAAAGAGGUUUUCCAUGUAAUGUUUGUGGUAAAACCUAUAGUCAACAAGCAUAUUUAAAAAAGCAUAUGGAAGGUCAUUUGCAAGGAGCAAACAUUAAUCAACCUUUGUCUUGUAUUGUUUGUGGUAGUCUAUUUAAAAAUGCAUUUGCUCUAGCUCAACAUGUUACACAAGUUCAUACAGAUUUACUGCAGACGCUUAAAAAUUUGCAAAAUUUAAAAUCUGAAUAAUCUUUCAAAAUUUAUUUUUAUGGAUAAAAUUAUUAUUACUACUUCCAAUUUGAUCAAUCAUACGUAUAUAUUUUUGUAAAACAAAAAAUUAUUGAUUUUCCAUUUUUUUUAUAUUUGUUUUACUAUCUGAAAAUAAUAAUUGUUAACAUAAUUUGCU